AUGCCGUCCACUGCGGCACAGAAAACGCUUCUUGCGUUUUGCAUAAUCCUUAUACUAGCCGGUCUAGUGCUGACUGGAGCUGGAGUAUUCUCACCUGCUUGGCAAGUUGUCGAUAUUCGAGAAUUUCGAGCUGAACAUCAGCAUGGAUUAUGGUGGGAUUGUAUUCGAGCUGAAAAACAUGUUGUAUCAGUCGGUGAAUUUUACGAUGAAGAACCACUGCACUGCAUGUAUAAAUUCGAUCGAAGUGCUGAGCUUGUUAUCGAAAAUACGUUGAACAACAUUGAUGAAGACGGUGCCGCUGGAGAAUCGGAGCACCACCGAUUUUGGGCAUGGCAUAAAGCAGUUCUAUUUUUUAUAUUAUUUUCACAAUUUCUGGCAUUCAUAUCAUUAUGCACAGGUAUAUGCAUAAUAUGUUUUCGUCCAGCUACGUUCGCAUUCGCCAUAUCACUUUUUUUGGCUUUGUUGUCGUCUUUGAUUGCCGAUGGAAUAUUUUUCUUAGCAGCGAAUAGAGUUGAUAACCGUUUUGUACAAGGAAUGGUUGGAACUUAUGAGCAAAGAAUUGGUUACGCUUUCUACUUGCACUUAAUGGGCACAAUUUGUUGGAUAUUUGCCUUUUUAAUGGCACUUCUAACCACUUACAAGUUUUUCACUGGUCGAUAUUCCGGAUCUAGAGGACCCAUUGAUAUACCUAUCUUCUUCAGUUCGAACUCACAUUUCCGUCCUGAAGCAGGGCCUCCGCUUUUGGAAAAAUACAAUGUUCCGCCAGUACGGCCAUCACCUCAAGCACCAUAUAUCAGGGAGCACACUUAUCGAGUGACCAGUGCUUAG